GUGUACAACACUGGUUAAGGUUGUUCUCUUUAAUGUAAUUAUACAUGAUCAGCUUCGAACGCUUAAGUGAUGUUCGUCAAAUUCAAUAUCAUGGGUUAUUCCAACACCACGUGAAGCUAUCAUAUGGUCACACUGACAAACAGUGUUUAUACUAACACUAUUCGCAUCGCUUUUCGUAUUGUCACUUCGCAGACAUCAAAUAUUUUUUACAAAAUGACUCCACCAAAAGUACCUCAUAUUGUGGGCGAUGAUGACGAUUCCCAAGACACUUUGACUCCACCAAAAGUACCUCAUAUUGUGGGCGAUGAUGACGAUUCCCAAGAUACUUUGAAAAAUGGUCAAGAGAGUGACGGGAAUUCAAACGACACUGUUUUGAACAGCGGACAGGAGGACUACGAAAGUUCAAACGAAGAUGGUGCGGAUUGGUCUAUGAAUGUCAUCUAUUUGGCUGGAACACCGAAACGUGCCUGCAGUCCGUUAAAGAUUACCGAAAUUACUGAUACACCAGAACCAAACCCGACGCAGUCCACUUCGUUGAGCGUUCCGGAACGUCGUCUCUCUUCUCGGGCUGAUUCUUGCGCUAUGGAAUCCAUUGGAGAACGUGUUUCCAGACGUCUAAGACAUAUUCGUAUCAUCGAAAACGGCAACACUAGUCCGCAAUCAUCUUCGGACGAACUAGAAUUGGGGCCCAAUGCUCAGCUGGCCAGGCCCCUAGAUGUCACUGGCUUCUUCCACCGGGUUUCAGCCAAUCUCGUCGAGCAGCGCGUCUGCCUUAAGCCUUUUUUGGCUCUGCGCAAGCGCAUCACUCGUAUGGUGACCCAAUCUCUGAGCGAGUCCAAGCGCAUGCGCAAGUAGUACAACAGCUUAUAAUACAUACAAAUAUAAGCAGGUUAAUCGAUAGAUUUAUAAAUUUGGGUUGAUCAGUCAUAUACGAAUCUUUGGUUAUAUAUCAUUACCGUAAAUAAAGUAAACAUUUAACUCAUAAAGAGCUAUAUAUUCCAUACAGUCAUUAAUAUUAAUAUGACUCUUUUCUUGACUGACAAAUCAGGCAGAUUAUGAGACUGCAUUUCGAAUAUAUUUUUUAUUUUAUAUAAAUUUGU